CCCGCCAGGUGCGCCCCGCCCCUCUCCCUGACCGGCCACCUUCGAUAGCUGCUCGGAGGCGGCCGCCAUUGGCUCUACCGCCCACCGAGUGUUUGGAAGUGUGGUGGGGUUCUGAGCCGGGGGAGAGUCGCUGAGUGUCGCCGGGGGUAAGGCGAGUGAGGGGCGGACAGAAGCAUCGUGGGCGUAGGAGGCAGAGUGUCCGCACACCGAAGGUCCGACGAGUAGGGGCCUUCCCGGGCACUUCGGCAGGAGCGCCGGCGAAGCACCUCGCAGACCCUCUGGGAGCGCCCGCACCUGGACACGAGGCUCUCCAGCGCGCGUGCGCGGCAAGGGUCUUCCCGCACCUGAUCGCGAGACCCUAACGGCCGGCGGCUCGAGGCUUCGCGUGCGCUGCCGGGUGGAGCCCGUCAUGGCGCAGCUGUGUGGGUCGAGGCGUUGCGGGGCGCUCCUCGCCCUGCUGGCCUCGCUGCUGCUCUUCCGGGCUGAGGCGGCCGAGGGAGAACGUGGCGUCCACGACUUCUGUCGAGUUCCGAAGACAGAGGGAAGAUGCCAAGCCUCCUCCCCUAGAUGGUGGUACAAUGUCACUGAUGGAUCUUGCCAGCAGUUUGUGUAUGGUGGCUGUGAAGGGAAUAAAAAUAACUACAUGACCAAGGAGGAGUGUCUUGAGAAAUGUGCUGGUGUCACAGAGAACACCAUUGAUGAUCUGGCCACCAGCAGGAAUGGAGCAGAUUUCUCUGUCCCACGUGUUUCCAGAAAACAGGAUUCUGAUGACCUCUCCAGUGAUAUUUUCGACUACGAAGAAUACUGCACUGCCAAAGCAGUCACUGGGCCUUGCCGCGCGUCCUUCCCACGCUGGUACUUCAAUGCAGAGAAGAACUCUUGUGACAACUUCAUCUACGGAGGGUGCCGGGGCAAUAAAAACAGCUAUCUCUCUAAGGAGGAGUGCAUGCACCACUGCUUUGGCAAGCAGUUGUAUCCUGUUCUACCCCGUGGCACUAAAGUGGUGGUCCUGGCGGGGCUCUUCGUGAUGGUCCUGAUCGUCUUGCUGGGCGCCUCCGUGGUCUGCCUGAUGCGGGUGGCCCGGAGGAACCAGGAGCGCACGCUCAGCACCGUCUGGAGCUCUGGGGACGACAAGGAGCACCUGGUGAAGAACACCUACGUCCUGUGAAGGCCCUGCGAGCCAGAGGCCGCCCUUCCUCAGGCUUCCCUGCGGAUGACAAGCACCUGGGAUGGGAGGGGAGACCAGUGUAGCAUGUGUGUGUGCUUUUUAAAGUAGAGUGAUUGGUUUGUAUUUGUGCGAUCAUUAGGGCUUCGGGUCUGUUUGUUACUCCAGAAGGUAAGAGGGCUGCUUCCUGCUCUCCUGGCUGGGUUUGUGUUGGGAACUCUCUUGGAGGAGGGCUCUGCCUCACACUGCAGGUGGUCUGGCGCCAGAUCAGAGUUGGCUGCUCUUCAGUUUAGUUCUUUGCUCCAGGUCUUAGUUUUCUUGGCUUACAUUCAAUAAUCCUGUAGUGUCCUUUCCCAUCACAAAAGUAAUGUCUUAAUAGUUUCCUUUAUUUGUGUGUUUUUGUUUUUUGUUUUGUUUUUUUAGUAAGCAGAAACAAGCCUUUUUUUAUUAGGAUUCUGAAAGGAAGAGAAGAAAAUGUACAAGUUUAAUAAAAAGGGCCUUUUAAAAUAAA